GUUUAGUAUAUGAAAUUUACGCAUUAUCGCUUUCUUCAAAGCCAAUUUGCCAAUUAAAUCAGCAAAUUUUAAAAUAUGAAUUCUAUUCCAUGGAUAAAACAUUUCAAAUCAUAUACUGAAGGUGGCUAUGUCGGAGAACUGGAAAAUUUGGAAAGGAUGGAGCUAGUUAUUAGCGAAUACGAGGAGCAUUUCGGUAUUCCUUUUACAAAGGCAAAAACGGAAGGAACUUUGACGAGCAGAGGUGACAGCGUAUCAGUCCGAAAUGUUAAGAGUUUGGCUAUUUGUAAAUACUUACCCGGAAUUCCCAGUUUGAAGAUUGGUAACAAGGAGUUUGCGUGUAGAUUUGGAACUGAUAAAGCUGCUGGUAGAAGAAGAAUUAGAGAGAUUUACUCUUAUGAAGGAGAUGAUCGGAAAAAAAAAAUGGCACCUUCUAUCAAAGUAGAUUGUCCUGCAAAACUUGUAGUCCAUGAAUAUUUAUGCUUACCAGAUUUCAACUUAAAUGCUAAAAGUACACAUCAUGCUAGAAAUCUGCGUAAAGAAGCACGAAAACUUCUCUCCAAAGGAAUUGGAGAAAGGAGACUGAUAAUCAUUUUGCCAAGAUUAGAAAAACAUGAAAACCACCCAACAGAUGAUACUAUUUUAAGCAAAAAUCGAAUCCAUCCGAAAGUAAAGGAAUUUAUAUCUACUUUAGCAGAUAAGGGACUAAAGAGACUAACGGAGGAACAGGAAGAUCUUGAGAUUAAACAAAUGAAAGUUGGAGUUUUAAGAAUCGAGGCGGUAGACCUGCGAAAAGCCCCAAGAUACAGAGAAAAACAAAUAAUCGAAUUAGAUAGUACAAACAUGACCAAAGAAACCUUUGAUGAAAUGAGUAUUGACUGCGAAGAUAUGAAUGCAAUGGAUAUUGAAGUUAUUGAAGACGAAGUAAAGACAAAAGAAGAAAGACCUGAUAAACUUGCAAAACUGGUGGAGAAUUUGAAUAGACUUAUCCGUGUGGCAAAUACCAUGCCAGAUCAGCAUUUAGACAAAUGCAUCCAAACUGUUCAGGAUACUGCUCAAUACUUUGAAGAUUUAAAAGACAAUAAUUUUGAGAAUGAUACUCAAAACAUUUUAAUCUCAAAGAAAGAUUAUGAAAAUUUGAAAAGAAAAUGUGAUGAAUACAGCGAGGAGAUAGUAAUGAAGAGAUUAAGAAUGUGUCAUGCUAGUUCUCAAACUGGUCAAAAGUCUCUAAAUAAUGAUGAACGAACGCGGAGGGCGCUGGCCUCUCUUCAUAGAAAAAAAGUCUUAAAAAAUACGGAAACUGUAAUUGAGAUAGAUGAGUCAGAAUUAGGCAAUCUUAUUGGUUGUGAUGGCAGCGAUGAAAUGAUUAAUAGAUUUAUACUCGAAACCCAGGCUGAAAAGAAAGCAUUGAAGCUGGCUUCGAGCAAGAAACUUUUUCCCAAAAGCCUCGACUCCAAAAACGUCCAAGGAGAAGAAGGCUUCCAGCCUCAGCAAACUUCCGUUGUUGUACCCCAAAUUAACAUUCAAAAUUCGUAUAAAAUAAUUGGAGGACCGUACACCAUGAACAAUGCUCCAACGUUUCCUUUUAAUCCGAACCUCACUUUAACUUUACAAUAG